ACACUGUAGGGGACGGCCGCCAUUUCUUUUGUAUGAUUUCUUGGUAACGCGAAGCGGGCUUUUCAACAACUUCCUCUUCGAGAACUGCGUACCUGGCUUCACGCUCCAUAGAGGUUCUACACGACUGGAGAUCCCGUGUCUGACUUGCGGCCGUGGACGAGCUCCUUGUCUGAGUAUUACUUGACCAAGAUGAGCUAUGCUAUUGUGGAGUUCACUGCCUCUAAAGAGGUUGAAAUUGUGCCAACUACUUGGGUCACCGGGAGCGUGUGCGUCUGGCCGCAUAAUGUAAAAGCAGAGAAGGCUGGGAAAAUGGCAAAGAAGCAGCAUCCACCACAGUCAUGGUGGAAGCAGUAUGAAAUUGCUGUGAAAGGUUUGUUCGUUACCUAUGAACAUGCCCGGAAAAAGCUAAAUGACAUUCAGUUCGAUUCAGACCUGGCCAGUGAAACUGAAAUGCCUCCAUUGAAGAGGCGUAGACGGCCACCAGCAGUCUGGAGUGACUCUGACGGUGAAGAGGAGGAGGAAGACUCUGCCACAAGCCAGCCAGGACUGCCACCUAUCCCAAAUAAUUUUCCAUCUGGAAUAACCUCGAGUGAAGCAACAAGUAUGCCCACAUUUGGCCAGGGAGACAAAGGCACAGCAGGGACCCAGUUGUCAGAGACAAACUCGCCACAAGGUGAACAGACAGCGCAAGAACGGCCACGAAACUCGCCUCAUGAUUGUUGUGUAGAGAAGAACUUCCAGCGGCAUGUGCUACGACUGCUGAACACGCUUCGCUUCAUGCUGGAACAGCAAGCGGACACCCUGAACAAGUUGUGCGAUAUGCUUCCCACUUCUUCAGUCACCGAAUGCGCAGAGCUCUUAGGCCAUCCGCUAAGCAGUCUUGAAGAACUACAAGAGUUCGACGACAAGCUCGAUGCUGGAAAAUUUAAGAUCCUGGUUCAUGAGUUGGCACAGCUUGGUGGGAAAGAUGCCUACUGGGCAACAAAAAGAAUCUUGUCAUACUGCAUCACAGACGAGGUUGCGGCACAAUUUUCCUGGAGGGGUCGAAAAGGAAAACUGAGCUUCUCCGCCUUGAAGAUUGCUAAAGCCAUAACAGAUGCUGCUCGCAAAGCGCCAAACGCAACCUCUGCCGACGUUGAGGCCUCUAUCAAAUCGUGGCUCCGACAUGCCCCCGAGCGCCUUGCCACCAGGUUUCAGAAGUCAAAGCAAGGACAACUUGAGCAAGCAGCAGACACUGACUGAAACUUUCGCCACGGCCCAGCUUCUGAUUCCCUGGUCGUUCUGGGGAUAUUGAUGGCAGCAGAUUGAACUUUUAGAUGUUUUAUGCCCUCACUUUGUCAUAGUGUUGUGAUGCUCCAGAGCUUCUGGUCUUUAUGUUUAAAUUUAAUGUCUUUAAAUGUUUUAGAUGUAUGUCUCAUGCACUCAUCUUUUAGAUGCUUUAGAGGUUUAUUUGUAUAUGUAGAAGCCAUUGAAUUUUAGCCAUGUCCAUUUGUACGGAUAUUGUUGUGCUUGUCAAGAAUUACGGCUGUGACAGAUUCAUGGCAUUAUGUUUGUGAAUUAAAGUGCCCUUAUUUAUUGUUUCUGGUGGCAAGAGGCAAGUUUCUCAUCAUAUUGUGCUUUGCAGUUGUAUACUUUUAGUACUUGGUAUUGUCUGUGUUAGGUUUACUAAAGUAUACUUUCCUAGAAAAUGUUUAAAGAUUUGAAUUGAUCUGCUGAUCACCCCCAACAUUUCGAGGUUUUUUCAGACGCACUAGAGCUGGUGACACUACAUCCACUUGCAGGCUAUUGGGCUUAAGCAUUGGAGAUAGGCUUUGCAGUGCUUGUUCUGUGAAUGCAGGAGCUGUUGUACUGUGAUAACACAAGACCAAAUCCCACUGUUUUUUGCUUGUUUUUGCUUUACUGUGAAUAAAAAUGAAAGCUGUAACAUUGUCUUUUCCUAGCUGUGCACCAGUAUGAUAGGUCUCCUUCAGGAUCGAUGCCUUAAUUCUUUGUGUGUUGUAGCAUUUAUUAAAUAUUGCAGUAAAAACACAUAAAUGCUGCAGCAACAUUGAA